CGCUCGGCGCCCCGGGGCCGCCGCCUGCUGCUCCUGCCGCCCUUGCUCUCGCCGUCGCCGACCAGCGCCCCCCGCUGCCGCCCGGCGCCGCCCGCCAUGCCCGGCCCGGCAGCCGGGAGCAGGGCCCGGGUCUACGCCGAGGUGAACAGCCUGAGGAGCCGCGAGUACUGGGACUACGAGGCGCACGUCCCAAGCUGGGGUAAUCAGGAUGAUUACCAACUGGUUCGGAAACUUGGUCGGGGAAAAUAUAGUGAAGUGUUUGAGGCCAUUAACAUCACCAACAAUGAGAGAGUGGUUGUAAAAAUUCUCAAGCCAGUGAAGAAAAAGAAGAUAAAACGAGAGGUUAAGAUUCUGGAAAAUCUUCGAGGUGGAACAAAUAUCAUUAAGCUCAUUGACACUGUGAAAGACCCGGUGUCAAAGACUCCAGCUUUGGUGUUUGAAUACAUCAAUAAUACAGAUUUUAAGCAACUAUACCAGAUCCUUACAGACUUUGAUAUCCGGUUUUAUAUGUAUGAGCUGCUUAAGGCCCUGGAUUACUGUCAUAGCAUGGGAAUCAUGCACAGAGAUGUCAAACCUCACAACGUUAUGAUAGAUCACCAACAGAAAAAGCUUCGACUAAUAGACUGGGGUCUGGCAGAAUUUUACCAUCCUGCUCAGGAGUAUAAUGUGCGUGUGGCCUCUAGGUACUUCAAAGGGCCGGAGCUGCUCGUGGACUACCAGAUGUAUGACUACAGUCUGGACAUGUGGAGCUUAGGCUGUAUGCUGGCCAGCAUGAUCUUCCGAAAGGAGCCCUUCUUCCAUGGCCAAGACAACUAUGACCAGCUUGUCCGGAUUGCCAAAGUACUUGGUACAGAUGAGCUAUAUGGUUACCUGAAGAAGUACCACAUAGACCUGGAUCCACAGUUCAACAAUAUCCUGGGGCAACACUCUCGAAAACGCUGGGAAAACUUCAUCCAUAGUGAGAAUAGGCAUCUCGUCAGUCCUGAGGCCCUGGACCUUCUGGACAAGCUUCUGCGCUAUGACCAUCAACAAAGGCUGACCGCCAAAGAGGCCAUGGAACACCCUUAUUUCUACCCUGUGGUGAAGGAGCAGUCCCAGCCAAGCUCAGAAAAUUCUGUGCUCUCCAGUGGUCUCACAGCAGCACGAUGAAGACUGGAAAACGACGGGUCUGAUGCUGUCCCUCCCUCUUUUCCAUAAGCAGAACAAGAACCAAAUCAAAUGUCUUAAAAAACGUGUGUACAGAGACCACAUGCAGCGGACAGACACGUCACGGUGACAGGUUACGAGAGCAGGAACCACACCAGCUGAAUGGCAACCAACAGUCUCUAAAACAAACCUUACUUCUGAAUGUAAAAGGUUCAUACGCCUUUGACUUCCUGUUGACUUCCUUCUGACCCAGAAAGCAUGGAAAAUGUGAAGGGUAUGCAAAAUGGUUGUUGGUUAAUGUUGCUCCCCCACUUCCUAUAUCCCCAUCUCAACCCAUUGACCUUUGGUCCCAUGGUCCCCCCCUCCCCCUUCCCCAGCAAACUGUAUUAUCUAGCUGGCCACAAACUCCACAGUGGCGAAAUGGGGGAAAUAUAUGGCAUGAUGGACAGUUAUAUAUUAUAAUUAAAAAAUUAUAUAUUAUUGAAUAAAAGUUUUAAAAGAAAUGUAUGAAGAGUUUUCCGUAUGGAAGGAGCAAUGAGCUGAGACCCAGAGGGGCAGCUGAGAAUUUCCAAAAUGGUCGUGUUAAAAUGGUGGCCUCGGCCAGAAUGGAACAAGGACGGAGCUAGGAAGAGAACGUGUCAGAGCAGUUUUGUAUGGAGCGACUCCUCAGAAAGGUGUCAGAUGUUUGUUAGAGGGAUUGGGUGAGCUCAUUCUAGGGACCGGGCUAACCUAGGAGAAUGGGGAGCAGGAACAUUCAGUGAAACGUACAGGUUUCACUUUGUUCCCUCAGCUUCCCCUUGUUAAUCUUCACAGGCCUUGACUAAUUGCAGCCUGUCUCAUCACAGGGGAGAAUCUCUUCUUUCCCUUGCAGGUCGUAUCACUGGCUAUCAUCUUAGCUAGCCAAUAAAGCUUGCUUUGCUCUUAA